CUGAGAUUAAUGUCUUUCUAUAGGUUUUCGAAUAUUUCCAUGGCAAGAGGAACUCUUCAAAAAAUAAUAUCUAAAGAGUACAAAUAAGAAUAUCAUCAAUAUGUAUAAGAGCCUACUUUAAUGAAAUAAAUUAAGCAUCUAGGAUUUUAAUUGAUAGAUGAUCCAUAAACUAAUAAGGUUAUUCUUAAUAAAGAAUUUUCAUCUGCAAAGAUAUCUAUUUUAUUUAGAGGAACACCCCCACCUCUGGAAGCCAAAAUGUAACAAUUUUGAAAAAUCACUUUAUUAUUAGUAAAGUUCCUAAUGAAGACAAAUCCAUUUCAUAAAAUCCAAAAUACCAAGACAAAAUACAAUCAAAUAUAUAAGAGACGAGAGAAGAAUAUGAAUUAGGAGUACUCUCUGUGGAUUUUACAGUCCUAAUCUAAACUGAAAAAGGAGAAGCUAUAGCUUUUGAAUGCAAUACAAGUAUUACUUGAAAGGAUUGAACUACAGGUAACCAGACUACUUUCAUUAAUUACGUACAACCAGUCUAUGAUAUCCAAGAGUACAAAACAAGAUCCAGGUAUCGUAAAUUUUUAAGCGAUUAUCCAGGACCAGAAAUUAAUAAAUUAGAUGAAGUAAAAAUAAUCAUAAAAUUUAUAGCGCUUAAAGCAAUCACUUUACACUUAUCUAGAAAGUUAUGGCAUCAAUGAAUCUUUGAAUGCAUUGAUAGAGGCAUAUUCAAUUGACAAAGAGUAGAGAUAAUAUAUGGAGUUUUUGAAAUCUAUGGAAAAUUUUCUAGCUGUUUGAUUUA